AUGCACGCACAUGCCCCCUAGGCGUAUAUAUACGUGAUUCUGCACAGGAGGGCCGCCCUGUAGCAGUAUAUCUGCUCUGGGUUGGUCCUUAAGUGGAUAAUGACAAUAAAUUGUUUGAAUCCCCUAAAUAAUAAUAAUAAAAAAUUCACUGUUUCUAGCGGCACAAGAUGGUAUUUUCCUCUCUUCUGAUCUUCUAUUUUUCUAUCUUCUGAUCUUCUUUUGCAGGCCAACAUGAAGAUUCGGAUGGUAAUUUUUCUCCAGGCCUGCCUGUGUACAUUUAUAUUCCUUUUUAUUGCAAAAAAAAUUCUGCAUCCCCCCACUGUGGACCAUGGCACCCAAGAAAGCACCCAAGAAAGCCCGCCUCCACCUCAGCGGCAGUCAGUGACUCUCCGAGACGCGACUUACACCUAUCACCUUGAAUAUCCUUGGUUCCUGUAUGAGUACCCUUACCUGCAGAAUUAUCACUGCUCGGUCCUUCUUUCCCCACAGUCAGAGCUGACUCAGGACCCGCCGGAACCCCUGCUACUGCUGGCGAUCAAGUCCAACCCAUGGUCCACCAACAGGAGGUCAGCACUAAGGCAGACGUGGGCCAGGGAAGGGAUGACUGAGGGCUACCGGGUGAGGCCGAUCUUCCUGAUGGCUCAGGUUGACAGCGUUGGCUACAUGAGCGUAGUGGAGAGGGAGAGUGAGGAGUAUAAGGAUAUCCUGCAGUGGGACUUUAUGGAGGACCAUCAUAACCUAUCUCUGAAGGAGAGGUGCUUCCUGGAGUGGCUACACUUUAAGAUGCCCCAUGUUGCCUACGUAUUCAAAGGUGACGAUGAUGAAUUUGUGAAUCCUGCCGCAUUGGUACGGUACAUCAAGGAAUACGGAACCCCGCGUUCACUACAUGGCGCAGUGCAGCAUCACUCUAUCGUCCUCCGUUACUCAAAAUACAGAGUCUCAGAGUCUCUGUUUUCAAACAACAAAUAUCCUUAUUUCCUGUCCGGCGGGGGAUUUCUCCUCCCAGGAGCCGCAGUCCCACUCCUCUACCGGGCUUCCCAGGAAAUCCCUGUCUUCCCUUUGGAUGAUGUGUAUCUAGGCUUCCUGAUCCUGGCCAGCAACCUAACCCUGCGGGACGAAAAACGCUUUUAUGUUUGGGGGCUGCGUUUUGAUGCCUGUCGCUUCCAGGAAGCCCUAGUGGUUCACGAUAUCGAUAUGGAGAAUUUAACAACAAUGUGGAGAGAGGUUCAAGAAGCAAAGUGUGAGCCUACAAGUGUCGCUAUCAAAUGACCACAAUGAGUGGACCAAACUGGUCAAAAAAA